AUGUUGAAUGAUGAAUUCAUCAAACAACUUGGAAUCCAAAGAAGGAAGAAAUCUAACGAAGGCAGGAAUCCAAAGACGGAAGGAAUCCAAAGAAGGAAGGAAUACAAAGAAGGUAGGAAUUCAGGGAAGGAAGGAAUCCAAAGAAAGAAGGAAUACAAAGGAAGAAGGAAUAUUAAGAAGGAAGAAAUUCAAAGAAGAAAGGAAUCCAAGAAAAAAAGGAAUACAAAGAAGGAAGGAAUUCGAAGAAGGCAGGAAUCCAAAGAAGGAAGAAAUCUAACGAAGGCAGGAAUCCAAAGACGGAAGGAAUCCAAAGAAGGAAGGAAUACAAAGAAGAAGAAAGGAAUCCAAGAAAAAAAGGAAUACAAAGAAGGAAGGAAUUCGAAGAAGGCAGGAAUCCAAAGAAGGAAGAAAUCUAACGAAGGCAGGAAUCCAAAGACGGAAGGAAUCCAAAGAAGGAAGGAAUACAAAGAAGGUAGGAAUUCAGGGAAGGAAGGAAUCCAAAGAAAGAAGGAAUACAAAGGAAGAAGGAAUAUUAAGAAGGAAGAAAUUCAAAGAAGAAAGGAAUCCAAGAAAAAAAGGAAUACAAAGAAGGAAGGAAUUCGAAGAAGGCAGGAAUCCAAAGAAGGAAGAAAUCUAACGAAGGCAGGAAUCCAAAGACGGAAGGAAUCCAAAGAAGGAAGGAAUACAAAGAAGGUAGGAAUUCAGGGAAGGAAGGAAUCCAAAGAAAGAAGGAAUACAAAGGAAGAAGGGAUAUUAAGAUGGAAGAAAUUCAAAGAAGAAAGGAAUCCACAGAAGGAAUGA